CGCCGCGGCGGAGAGCGGCAGAGCUCGGGCAGCCCGGCCGCGCUCCGGUCCCGGGGGUGUCACCGGCGCCGCUCCCCCCGCCAUGGCCGGGCUCCUGCCGCUGCUGCUGCUGCUCCUGCUGCCGGCGGGCCCCGGCGCCUCCAAGGACGACUGCGUCUCCAAGCUGUUCACGGCCGGCGGGGAGUGCUGCCGCCUCUGCAACGUGGGCGAGGGCGUGGUGCAGCCCUGCGGGCUCAACCAGACCGUCUGCGAGCCCUGCCUGGACAGCGUCACCUUCUCGGACACGGCGAGCGCCACGGAGCCGUGCAAGCCGUGCACGCAGUGCGAGGGGCUGCAGAGCAUGUCGGCGCCCUGCGUGGAGACCGACGACGCCGUGUGCCGCUGCGCCUACGGCUACUUCCAGGACGAGGCCAGCGGGAGCUGCCGCGCGUGCCGCGUCUGCGAGGUGGGCUUCGGCCUCAUGUUCCCCUGCAAGGACUCGCAGGACACGGUGUGCGAGGAGUGCCCCGAGGGCACCUUCUCCAGCGAGGCCAACUUCGUGGACCCCUGCCUGCCCUGCACCACCUGCGAGGACAACGAGGUGCUGGUGCGGGAGUGCACGGCCGUGGCGGACGCCGAGUGCCGGGGGCUCCACCCUCGCUGGACAACACCCGCCCCGUCCCUGGCGGGCUCUGAGAGCCCCGCGGCGGCCACCGGGGAGCCGCUGAGCACCGAGGGGGGGCCCAGCACCGCGGCGGACACGGCCACCACCGUCAUGGGCAGCUCGCAGCCCGUGGUGACCCACGGCAGCAGCGACAACCUCAUCCCCGUCUACUGCUCCAUCCUGGCCGCUGUGGUGGUGGGGCUGGUGGCCUACAUCGCCUUCAAGAGGUGGAACAGCUGCAAGCAGAACAAGCAAGGGGCCAACAACCGCCCGGUGAACCAGACGCCGUCCCCCGAGGGCGAGAAGCUGCACAGCGACAGCGGCAUCUCCGUGGACAGCCAGAGCCUGCACGAGCAGCAGCCGCCCGGGCAGGGCACCCAGGGGCCAGCAGCUCCCAAGGCGGACGGCAGCCCGUACUCGGCCCUGCCGGCCAGCAAGCAGGAGGAGGUGGAGAAGCUGCUGGGCAGCUCAGCGGAGGACGCGUGGCGGCAGCUGGCGGGCGAGCUGGGCUACAAGGAGGAGCUCAUCGAGUCCUUCACGCGCGAGGAGGCGCCGGCGCGGGCGCUGCUGGCGCACUGGGCCGGCCGCGAGUCGGCCACGCUGGACGCGCUCCUGGCCGCCCUGCGGCGCCUGCAGCGCGGCGACAUCGCCGACAGCCUGGCCAGCGACUCCACCGCCACCUCCCCCGUGUGAGGGGCGGCCCCGGGGGGCGCCGAGCCCGCCCGGCAGCGGGGGGAGCCGGUGGGCUCAGCCCCGAGCAGCUCCCGGUACCGGUACCGGCCCCUGAUGGUGUUGGAAGGGGUUCGGCCCCGCCCUGAUGGCCAAUCCCGGCUGCGGGAUGGAUGGACAGAUGGACAGAUGGACACGGGAGAGACCGCCGUGCUCUCAGCCCUCUCCUCUCCUGCCUUCCAGCUCCUUCUCCCCCCGAGGCUCCUCUUCCUCCUGCUCCCCUCCAACGCCCCCAAAUCCGGCUGCUUUUACCCCAAAACGGGGGAAGGGCGGGGUUGGGGCGCCCCGGAGCCGCUGCCCCGGGGUUUGGGGGCUCAGGGGGGCUGGGGGAGGGGACCCCCCGGCUCCCUACCCUGUGAAAUUCGGGGUGCAGCUCCCCAGAGCUCUGCAGGGAUUUGGGGGAGCAGCCGGACCACCCCGGACACUGAGGAGCAGAUUUUGGGGGGCCACGACCCUGCCGUGGGGGCUGCAGGGGACACCGAGGGGACACCGAGGGGGCACUGAGGGGACACCAAAGGGACACUGAAGGUGGAAAGUGCUGACCAAGUGCCUGCCCCACAGGGACACCCCCAGGGUUCCUCUCCUCCCUCCCACCCUGUCCCUGGUGUCCCCGAGCUGCAGGGACCACCAAGGCCACCCUGCCACCAUUGCACUGUCCCCACUGUCCCCACCCCGCUGAAAGGGCUCCUGCUGCGCCAGCACUGUGAAGGGCGGCUCGGGAAUGUCCCUCUGCCCCCAGGGGUGACAUUGGCACCUCCCAGGGGAGGGGACAUCGUGACAUCACUCCAAGGGAGUUUUGGUGGCAUUUUGGGGGCGUUUUGGCCCCGGCUGGGUGAGCUGGAGCUGCCACCAGCCUGGGGAAUGUCCCUUGAGAUGCCACCAGCCUCAGGAUGUCCCCUGGGCUGUCACUGGCCUGGGGGAUGUCCCUUGAGCUGCCACCAAGCUCCCAGCAAUGUCCCCAACCAAUGUCCCCAAUGCCAGGUGCGGGCACAGCCCCGGGCCAGGUGUGGCCGCUCACCUCCCCUCUGGAUUGAUCCCAAAAUUCCUCCUUGAAGGCAGAACAGGAUUCUCCCAGAACGGGAUUCUCCCAGAACGGGAUUUUCCCAGAACGGGAUUUUUCCAGAACGGGAUUUUUGGGCCCUCUCAGAGGAGAGAUCUGUAAAUAGGAAUUUGGUGUUUGACCCAGUGCUCCGUGUGACCCCCCUGGGGACAGCCCUGUCCCCUCCCCACUUCCAGCUGGGAAUUCCCAUCCCAACCCUUUGGUCCCACCUCGUUUCUGGCCUUAAAGACUCCACGGGGAAGCCCCAAAAUCCCACAGCAGGGUUGGGAUGAUCCCAGCACAGCUCCAGGGGCUGGAGCAGCUUCCAUGGGAUUCCAGAUCCCCCAGAAUCUUCUGGAAAUUUCCCUCCCAUUGCACUCUGGAUGAUGGAGAACCCAGGCUGGGAUUUGGGGGAUUCCAGCACCCAGAUCUUCCAGAAUCUUCCGGAAAUUUCCCUCCCAUUGCACUCUGGAUGAUGGAGAAGCUCGGGCUGGGAUUUGGGGGAUUCCAGCACCCAGAUCUUCCAGAAUCUUCUGGAAAUUUCCCUCCCAUUGCACUCUGGAUGAUGGAGAACCCAGGCUGGGAUCUGGGGGAUUCCAGCACCCAGAUCCCCCAGAAUCUUCUGGAAAUUUCCCUCCCAUUGCACUCUGGAUGAUGGAGAAGCUCGGGCUGGGAUUUGGGGGAUUCAAGCACCCAGAUCCCCCAGAAUCUUCUGGAAAUUUCCCUCCCACUGCGCUCUGGGUGAUGGAGAAGCUCGGGCUGGGAUUUGGGGGAUUCUAGCACCCAGAUCCUCCAGAAUCUUCCGGAAAUUUCCCUCCCAUUGCGCUCUGGGUGAUGGAGAACCCAGGCUGGGAUCUGGGGGAUUGCAGCCAAAAUCCCUUGGGAAGAGCCACCCCUGGCUGGAAGGGCUGAAAACCCCAAAUCCGUGUCCCAAACUCCUCCUAUUGACCAAAUCCAAGGAAAUUUGCCCCAAAUUUCCAACCCCACUCACAGUGGGCUGGAAACUCCAGCUCCUGCCAGAGCGAGCCACACCAUGGGAUGGAUUUGGGAUGGAUUUGGGAUGACUCUAGAAUGGUUUUGGGGUGAAUUUGGCAUGGAUUUGGGAUGUAUUUUGGAUUAAUUUGGAAUGGACUUGGCAUGAAUUUUGGGUGGAUUUGGGAUGAAUCUGGGAUGAAUUUUGGAUGGAUUCGGGAUGGAUUUGGGAUGGAUUUGGGAUGAAUCUGGGAUGGAUUUGGGGAAUGAACUUGGGAUGGACUUGGGAUGAAUUCUGGAUGAAUUUGAGGUGGAUUCGGGAUGGAUUUUGCAUGAAUUUGGCAUCAAUUUGGGAUGGAUUUGAGAUGAAUUUUGGAUGAAUUUGGGGUGGAUUUGGCAUGAAUUCUGCAUGAAUUUGGGAUGGAUUUAGGAUGAAUUCCACCACUGGCCACCUUCAGGUAGCUCCCGUCGGUCUGGGAUUUUUGGAAAAGCGACUCCAGGACAAGCUGAGGGCCUGGAUCGAGGUGCCCGGACCCAAACUGAAUUUCCUGGCAGAGCCAGCCCAGCCCAGCCUCUCCCGCUGGGAAUUCUGUUCCUCAGGACAUCCCUGCCUCACCCUCAGGUUUUCAUUGCCACGGGAAGGGAUUUCAGCACCCCCAAUCCCAAAAAUCGGAUUUUCAGGGCCGAGGGAAUGAGGACAAACUCAGCAUCCAAAGAGGAGCCGGGGGCUGCCUCAAACCCCCCCCUGGCUGCGGGGGGAAAAAAUGGAAAUAAAACUCAAAAAACACCAAAAAAAAACCCCAAACAAACCCAAAGCCAGGAGGGCAACCCAAGCCAAAGUCAGAGCUCGUUUCGUGUUGUACCAAGCCCGUGUGUUGCUCCACUCCCCACUCUGUAAUUCCAGGGCCGAUUUCGUAGGAAUAGAAGGAUU